UAUGACCUAAAUACCCAUCGUUCUCAACGUUAGCCCUUAUUUCUGUAAUUCUUCGCAAUAGCAAACCCCCAAUUCUCUUUUGCCCUUCAAAUAUCUUCAGCCUCCUUCCUUCCCUUCCUUGCCCUUCCACUCUUUUUCGAUUUUCCCAUUUCUCUCCUUCCCUUCUUCUCUCUCUCUCUUCCUCAACCAACACUCCUCUUUUACCCGCCAUAUUCAAAUUUUUCCAGACCCAUUUGCUUAGAACCCAUUUUUCUCGAUCCUUACGUUUGUUUUGAUCAAUUUCGGCUGAAAUAUGAGAUGGGUUCUGAUGGGUUUUGUGUUUCCUGGUGUUUUGAUUGGAAAAGGUGGAAUCUUGGAGUUUUAGUUCUGUUGGGUUUUAGGGCUGUUCCACAAGUCUCGAUCGUGAUUUGACUUCUGGUGCUCUCUUAAUUUAUGGGAUUCGUACAGUUUAUUUUUAUUGAGACUUGUUCGUUUAAUUCGUUCUUGUGGCUACUAUUCAUGGAGUUUGAUCAGUGCGUUGGACUAAAUAGUGUUGGGAGCAGGUCAGACUGUAUUCCAUUAACGUUUUUGGCUUUGAUUUAUGCCCCCCCUUUUUUUUCCCCCGUUCUGGUUUGGAAUACUGAUGAUAGGUUUAGGUUAUUGUGCUUACUUCUCUCUCGUUCAAUAUUCCAAAUCACGAAUUAUGUUUUGAAGCAGGCCAUAGUGAAGUCACCUGAAGCAAAAAAGUAGGUUUGGUAUUUGUUAGUCGUUAGCUGAUUCUUUGUCCUCAAAGUUGGUAAUUCAUCAAGUGAGAAGAGAGUUUGAUUUUUCCUUGGUACAUUUGCAAAGUUUGGUGUCUACAUAUUUCUCAGAGUGGGUGGUAGAACAGUCUAUUGAUUGAAAUAGCUACUUUUGCAAAGACGAAUGGCGAACCAUGAGUUGAUCCUUGGCCAAAAUAAUGCCUUAGCUGUUGAUGGCGAGAACCAGGAAAUUGUGUUUGACCACACUCAUGGUAUGGGCAUAAGCCAGAACCACGAACUGGAACUAGCACAGAACCAUAACCACGAAUUGGAACUAGCCCAGAACCAUAACCACGAACUGGAACUAGUGCAGAACCAUAACCACGAACACGAGAUAGGCUUAGGGCAGAGCCAAGAUCAUGAAGGGAAUCACGAGCAUGAGUAUGAACACGAGAAUGGUUUACCUAUGGAGCAGAAGCCCGAGCAUGAAAACCAGGAGUUGCCUAACGAAAACAAUGAGUUAGAUAUUUCUGAACAAGAUGAGUUAGGGAUCGAGGAAAACCAAGAACUUGAUGAUAACCUGGAAUUAGCUGUGGUUGAGCGUCAUGAUAUGGGUAUUGAACCUACACAUGAAUAUGAACUCCAUGAUGGCCAGAUGGUUCUUGCUUCAUCAGCUCAUGUACUUCAGGCUCGAACUAUGUCAGCAACACCUGAUUAUGAGUUACAUGUGGGACAAGAAUUCCCUGAUGUCAAAAGCUGCCGAAGGGCCCUACGUGACACGGCCAUUGCUCUUCACUUCGAGAUUCAGACCAUAAAAUCUGAUAAAACUCGUUUUACUGCUAAAUGUGCCAGUGAUGACUGCCCUUGGCGCAUUCAUGCUGCGAAACUUCCUGGUGUACCCACGUUCACAAUCAGAACAAUUCAUGACAACCAUACAUGUGGAGGCAUCGCGCAUCUAGGCCAUCAGCAAGCCUCAGUUCAGUGGGUGGCCAACUCUGUGGAGCAACGGCUUCGGGAAAACCCAAAUUGCAAGCCAAAAGAGAUCCUUGAAGAAAUUCACCGGGUUCAUGGAAUCACCCUGUCGUACAAGCAAGCUUGGCGUGGAAAGGAACGAAUUAUGGCUGCUAUGCGCGGUUCCUUUGAAGAAGGUUAUCGCCUUCUUCCUCAGUACUGUGAACAAGUUAAAAGGACCAAUCCAGGGAGUAUAGCAUCAGUUUAUGCAAGCCCUGCCGAUAAUUGCUUUCAGCGGCUUUUUAUAUCAUUUCAGGCUUCUAUUUUUGGUUUUCUAAAUGCUUGUCGCCCUCUUCUUGGGCUUGAUCGGACGUUCUUGAAAAGUAAAUACCUCGGUACUUUACUUUUAGCUACUGGUUUUGAUGGUGAUGGCGGUCUUUUUCCUCUAGCAUUUGGUGUUGUUGAUGAGGAGAAUGAUGAUAACUGGAUGUGGUUUCUCUCUGAACUUCAUACCUUGCUAGAGGUCAAUACAGAGAACAUGCCAAGACUUACCAUCUUGUCUGACAGGCAGAAGGGCAUUAUAGAUGGCGUUGAAGCAAAUUUUCCCACUGCUUUCCAUGGUUUUUGCAUGCGUCAUUUGAGUGAAAGCUUCCGUAAGGAGUUCAACAAUACAAUGCUUGUUAACCUGUUGUGGGAAGCCGCACAUGCUCUGACAAUUAUCGAGUUCGAGGCAAAAAUUCUUGAGAUUGAGGAAAUAUCACAAGAUGCUGCAUAUUGGAUUCGGCGGAUUCCUGCACGAUUGUGGGCCACAGCUUAUUUUGAGGGAACAAGGUUUGGGCAUUUGACUGCUAACAUAGUGGAACAAUUGAAUAAUUGGAUUCUAGAGGCCUCUGGACUUCCAAUAAUUCAGAUGAUGGAAUGCAUCAGGAGGCAGCUUAUGACUUGGUUCAAUGAACGACGAGAAACCAGUAUGCAGUGGACAUCAAUCCUGGUACCUACAGCGGAGAUGCGAGUUGCAGAUGCUCUUGAGCGUGCCCGGACUUAUCAGGUUCUUCGUGCUAAUGAAGCUGAGUUUGAAGUGAUAUCUCAUGAGGGCACCAAUAUUGUUGAUAUUCGGAACCGUCGCUGCCUUUGUCAGGGCUGGCAACUCUAUGGUUUGCCCUGUGCACAUGCUGUGGCAGCACUACUUUCUUGCCGGCAAAAUGUCCACCGGUUUACUGAGAGUUGCUUUACUGUUGCGACGUACAGGAAGACAUAUUCCCAAACUAUACAUCCUAUUCCAGAUAAAUCAUUAUGGAGGGAGAUGACAGAGGGAGAUCCGGAUGCUGCCCAAGCUGUUGAGAUUAUUAUAAACCCACCUAAAUCACUUCGGCCUCCUGGCAGGCCAAGGAAGAAGCGUGUUAGAGCAGAAGACCGUGGUAGAGUGAAGCGAGUUGUUCAUUGCAGCCGCUGCAAUCAGACUGGCCACUUCAGGACUACGUGUGCAGCUCCAAUUUGAGUUGUCUCUGCAGACUAUUCAUUGGGUGCGUAUGAAGUCUGUGUGAUAUACCUUUUUCCUGUGCAGAAUCUUUCUUAUAUUCUGAUGAAGGAUAUUUCUAGUUAGUUUCUCAGUCCAUAGCGAUAACUUUUCAUCUACUAGUCUUAGUAAGCUUAUGCCUUUUUGGAUUUGUUUUAAUAAUACAUUGCAACAGAGGAUAGAUUUGGUGAUUAAAACCAUAUGAUAUGAUGAAAGUUGGUUUUCUUA